AUGGUCAAUCACUGGGAAAUAGACGAUUCGGAUGCCUCCACACAAAGCAGCGAGGAUGAUGGAUUGACAGAUCCUAUACCAAGGGAGGGACCAAGUAACAUUAAUAUCAACGAUGCCGUCGGGAACGGGGACAACCCCAUCAUUGACAUGUCCGACACCCCGAGUGCGGAAAAUGAUAAUAAUGACGAUAAUGAUUUCUUCAGCGACGGAGAAACCACUUAUUUGCAGUUUAAGAAUAGAAAGAAGCGGAAAAGAUCCGCCGCGCUGAAACGGAAUUCGAAACGUGCACAGAACAGUUCUAUUGUCGGCCGCCGCGAGGAGCGGAAGGAUAAUGACAAUGAGGGGCAUAUUCGUGAAAAGCCUCGCCAAAUGAAAAGUUACGGUGAGGCGUCUUCUGAAGGUGAAGCGAUGGAAGAUGCUCUCCCCGAUUAUUUGCAAAGGCGUCGCUCUCAGUUCGACAAGAGGAGAGAACGUCUCCUGGAGGCGGGCUUGAGGUUACCGCCGGAUUAUGAGAGUGUUGAAUUCUCGGAUGAUGAGCGCCUGCAGGACUUGAGAGAAAAGCCUUCGUUUACGAAUAUUAAUCCCUGUCGGAAGUAUGAGGACAUACAACUUCCGUAUUCAUUGGGGUUCGUACCCGCUCCGAUUGCGCAGUGGCUUCGAGAUUAUCAAGUGGAAGGUGCAAGCUUCCUUCAUGAGCUGUUCGUUUACCAAAAGGGUGGUAUCCUUGGGGAUGAUAUGGGCCUUGGGAAGACGGUACAGGUUAUUGCUUUCUUGACGGCUGCCUACGGGAAGACCGGCGAUGAGAGAGAUGCCAAGCGUAUGCGAAAAAUCAGGCGAAAAGGAGACAGCAUUUGGUAUCCAAGAUCCUUGAUUAUAUGCCCAGGCACCCUAAUUCAGAACUGGCGGUCUGAACUUAGCCGUUGGGGGUGGUGGUCUGUUGAAGUAUAUCACGGAGACACGAAAGAAGAGGCUCUGCAAUCUGCCAUUUCUGGGAGGGUUGAGAUUCUGAUUACCACAUACACUACCUAUCGCAUGAACAAAGAUUCAUUAAAUAUGGUUGAAUGGGAUUGUGUUGUAGCUGACGAGUGUCAUCUCAUGAAAGAUCGCAGGUCAGAGACGGCAAAAUCGAUGCAUGAACUUAAUGCUUUGUGUCGCAUCGGCCUUACAGGGACCGCGAUUCAAAACAAGUAUGAAGAGCUAUGGACCCUCUUGAAUUGGACAAAUCCUGGUAAAUUUGGUCCGGCUUCAACGUGGAAGACCACGAUUUCCGAUCCGUUAAAAAUUGGCCAGUCUCAUGAUGCCACAGUCUAUCAACUCAGCAAAGCCCGGAAAACGGCGAAGAAACUGGUGAAAAAUCUUCUCCCUGCAUUUUUUCUUCGACGCAUGAAGACGCUAAUCGCAGAUCAACUUCCGAGGAAGAGUGAUCGUGUCGUGUUCUGCCCACUCACUGAAACUCAGGCAGAUGCAUAUGAGAACCUGCUAGACAGCGCCAUGAUCGAAUGCGUCAAGAUGUCUUCUGACCCCUGUCCAUGUGGCUCAAAGAAGAAGGCGGGAUGGUGCUGCUAUAAGAGAAUUCCUGGUGGCGGACCGUGGCAGAACUACGUGUUUCCAGCUAUUUCCAAUUUACAGAAGUUAUGCAACCACCUCGCAACGCUUAUUCCACAAUCAACUGACCCAGAAGAAAAGCAAGAGAAAGAUCUUGCUAUGCUAGAGGUUGCAGUACCCGAUCAAUGGCGCGAGUUGUAUCGCACUCGAGGUUCGAUCCUCAAUUAUUCGAAUCCCGAGUUUUGUGGGAAAUGGAAAGUUUUAAAGAAGUUGCUCAAAUGGUGGCAUGCGAACGGGGACAAAGUUCUCGUAUUUUCUCACAGUGUUCGGCUGCUGAGGAUGCUACAGAUGUUGUUUAACCAUACCAGCUAUAAUGUCAGUUAUUUGGACGGCACAAUGAGCUACGAGGACAGAGCUAAGGUUGUUGAUGAUUUUAACGCGGACCCUCGGCAAUUUGUAUUCCUCAUAUCCACAAAGGCUGGCGGUGUCGGCCUUAAUAUCACGUCAGCUAACAAAGUGGUUGUUGUCGAUCCGAAUUGGAAUCCUUCGCAUGACUUGCAAGCACAGGACCGUGCCUAUCGUAUAGGCCAACGGAGAGACGUUGAGGUAUUCCGGCUGGUGUCUGCCGGUACGAUUGAAGAGAUCGUUUAUGCCCGACAAAUAUACAAGCAACAACAAGCAAAUAUCGGAUAUAACGCAAGCACAGAACGAAGAUAUUUCAAAGGAGUGCAAGAAAAGAAAGACCAAAAAGGCGAAAUUUUCGGUCUUCGCAACUUAUUUGAAUAUAAGGAUAAUAAUAUCGUUUUGAGGGAUAUCGUCAACAAGACGAAUGUUGCAGAGAGUAAAGCCGGCGUUGACGUUGUUGACUUCGAAAUUGACGAACGAGGAGAUGAUGAGAACAAAACCCUUGAAUCCACUGAUGCAUACACUGAGGAUGCUGCAAUGAGCCAGUUAGCGGCCUUAGUUCAAGACGGCUCCGAUGCUAUUAAAAAAUGGGGUGAAAAAGAUCGCUCAGUUACGCCGGCUAGGCAUGAUCCCAUUCAGGCUAUCCUAGUCAGUGCUGGUGUGGAAUACACUCACGAAAAUUCAGAGGUUAUUGGCUCAUCGAAGAUCGAAGAACAGCUCAGCCGUCGCGCAGAAAUGGCCGAUGAUGGCGGCGAUAUAGGCAAGGAGCAAGUAUUCCAGGCGUCCCAAGGCGAUGCCAGCUCAUCGUCACUCUCGGCACUAACCCGGGAUGGGAAAUUGGUCAGGUUCAAGUAUCAUCCACCUGAGGACGUUAUGAGGAGACAGUUUUGUAGUAUGGCGAAGGAGAGUGGCUACGAGAACGCGACAGAGUUUGCGUUGGUGGUAGAAGGAAUGACACAAGCUGACAGGCGAGCGUGGCUAGAGAAAUGGUACAAGACGAGAAGGGAGCUUUUACUAGGGGAGAGACCACGUACGAAGUCACCGAGAACUGGUAUGAAGAUUAACGAAGAACUGGGCCAAACUUGA